GGGGCGCUUGGCCGGAUACAGCCACCUCGCGGCAUUCACGUUGCAUCGAGACUCGAGCUGGUGCUCCGUGUCCGCCUUCUCUCUUCAUCCCAACCAUCUCGUGUUUCUCUCGUGCGUGCAGCGCCGCAAUGUCUGUCUAAGUACAGACUCAGGAUCGCUGUGCAAUCACCGUGAAUUGGUAUGACGUUUACCAUCUUCGUUUCCAUCUCCCUCCUCGCCCUCGUCGUCUCUGCAAGGCCCUACCCACUCGCGGACCCGGAGCAUGGCGAUGGAAAGAAUGCACAAUUGGACGCUGGCGGACUAAAGACCAGCGCCGGUACAACCAAGAGCUUGCGGGAUGCCGUGCAGGCAGUCUUUCAGAGUCGGACGGGACAACCUCUCCCCGGGCUCCCGUCUUCUCUCUCGGACACCGACAUCCGCGUCCACUUAACCUCUCCCUCCGUCCUCACCUCGCAUCUCGCCGCUCUCGAAGGUCUUGAUGCCGUCAAGGCCGUUCUACCCCUGCCGUUCUCCGCUCUCGCUGGCGACGCUGGGCAGGGUAUCGGCGCAGAUGGCGCUGAGCUCAGCGAGCUUACGGGUGAAGAGAAGCAGCUCUACGAGCUGCUCCGUAACUCUCCUACCGCGAACGGCAGUCUGGAAGACAUUGACGGUGGCGUACGACCUGUUCCCGAGCUUGCGCAUCUCCAGACCUCGGACUCCGACGCCUCUGAGCACACGCUCGCGGCAGCCGAUGACGACUCUCAACAGUCGCCUGUGGUGGACACCCCGACUGUCGGCUCUUCCGUACCCGUUCCUGCACCUCCUUCACCUGCCCUCGUUGUACUCGCCGUGUCUGCGCUCGCGUCGCUCCUGGUCGUUGCGUGCGUAUCGCUCUCCGUCUACACGAUCUCGUACUUCCGCAAGCAUGUGCUCCGUCGCGCCAUCGCUUGGGACAUCGUCCCGCGCAUCGAGGAAGGCUCCGUGGCUGCUGUCCAAGGCGCCGACGCGAACGACGACGAGGGUAGCACUAGCAAUGGAGGACAAGGCGAAGCUACGUGCGAGAAGGUGAUCGUCGAGAAGGUCCAAGACCUCAUCGACUUUGAAGGACCCGUCGCCGCCGCUCCCCGCCCGGAGGACGACAAACCGUUGCCCCAUGAGUACAACGAGAAGAGCGGCCUCGUUAAGACGGGCGAGGACGAGGUGCGUUCCACCACAGACGGCGAAGACGAGCUGAACGAGAAGGCAUCGUUCUACGACGCGACCGACUCGCCGCUCCUCUUCGUGCAUGAUGCGCUCCCGUCUCCUCGCCAGGAUCCGCGGAUCGUCGCCGAGGACUACCCCGACCCCGACCUCCUGCCCCUCCCGUCAGAGACAUCGUCUCCCUACGCCACGCCGCCCACCGCCUCGCCCGCGCUGCGCGUCGAGCCGCUGGCGGUCCCGCCAUCACUCAAGCGCCUGCCGUCGCAGACGCAGAUGCGCGAGCGUGACAUGGGCGGGGCGACCCCGCUCUCGAAGCCGGCGUGGUCCGUCCGCGCGGCAGAGUCGCCCGCGCUGGGCCUGCCCGCAUCGUCCGCACACACGCCGACGACGUCCCCGCUCCCCUUCUCAUCGACCCGCAUGCACGCGCGCACACCGUCGCCCACCAUAACGAUGCCCGGUGCGCUGUUCUCCGAGGCGGAGGCCGAUGCGCAGGAGAUGGUCGAGGUGGAGCGGCCGACGCGCGCGCGGGCGUACCGCGCGCCGAUGCCCGAGCUCGACAUUGCGUUCGCGCUGCAGCUCCGGCCGGGCCUCGGCUUGGGUGCGGAGGGCGCGUGGCUCGUGCGGUUCUUGAUGGCGAUGUUUGGGUGGCUGGGUGUCGUCGUUGGGGGCAACGGGCCUGUGCCGGAGCAGCGGAGGGCGGUGAUGGCGUGACCGUGAGGGAGGGAGGGUGUCUUGUGUGGUGUAGGUCGAACGCGAGUCGUUGUGAAGGAAGGUGCUGUUUUCUCGUUCCGUCUGGGACCCAAUUCUGGAUCUGCUCUCCCGCAUAUAUACAGGCUCAUCUUAUCUCAUCCCAUACUAUCCGCGCACAUACAUCACAUCUACGGCAAGAAUCCCUUAUUUAAUCCCCUCCCUUCUGAUUUCGCUUCUCCGGGCAUGGCCCUUACUAGUCGUUUGCGUGGUCCGCUGCGAAUGUUCGCGUGACGCGCAGACGGAGUUGUCUUCUGUGUACAUGCACCUCCUUGCUGACGCUUACCUCCGCACACCCUCACUGUUGCAAGAUCCCGUUGUCUUCGAUAGGUUGUCCUUGAAUGGAUGGAUGGAUCCUGAGCGCCUUCGAAAG